UCAACAAACAAGAAAGACUUGUCCGAUUUCACGCCAAAUUUUCGAGAAAUUUGUUGAGUUAAAGUUCAAAAAUCCCCAAUAUUUAUCUAAAGAAUUAAGAUAAAUAACAUAUCAAAAUCAAACAUACCCUACCCAUCCUAACAUCAUGUCUUCGAGUGCUGAUGUUGAAUCCGGAAAAUCCGGUCUAUUGUCAAGCAAGGUCAAAGAAUCGGAGAAGUUUGUCCCCCCGACAACGAAGAAUGAAUCAUUUUAUGAUUCAAAAUUUUUUCGACUUUUAACAGUGAUAAUGUAUGUCUGUUUGGUCAGUGGAAUUGGGUUUUUGUUCGCAUUGUACCACUUGUUCUUCUGGGAUUCAACAAUGCCCCCAGUUCCCAUAGUUCACGGUCAUGAAGCUUAUUAAAAAAUUUAGUUUAUGUUUUUGUACAGUUUUUUUAAGUACCUUUGUAUAUACAUAUAAUUUUAUAGAUACUAAUAUAAACUUAGGUAUAUUUUUUUACAUUGAUCAAUAAAUAUGUAUAUGUACGUACAUAUGCAAGAAAAUGGCCAAGCUACCACUUUUACUUAUAUUAAGGUGGUAAAACAACAUCAUAGAACAAAAGCAAAGCGGAAACACAUAAUCCCUUGCAAACCACUGACAAUGACAUUAGAAGAACCUUUACAAUUUAUGUUUUGUUUUAUAACUGAAAUCCGAUUAUAUUUAAUGAAUCGAAUUCUUUUGUAUGCUAUGGAAAAAUGUACAAAUGAUCAGAGUUUUUAUAUUCAAUGAAUAUGUUUUCGAAUUCAAAUUAGUUGUCUUUUGACAUUCGACAUCUACUCAACUCAACUCAACAAAAGCAUUCCUUUUCAUCAAUCCAUUCAAAACUAAACGAUAAAAUCCAAAUCAAUUUUGACGAAAUGAGUAAGAAAGGGUUUUUGACACAAAAUGAUAAAAAAGCCACUUCAGAAAUAAAGGAUGAAGAAGAAAAUAAAAAUGAAGAUUUCUUCCAAUCGAAGCUUUUCCGCUUAAUAACGUUGGCAAUUUAUCUUGGUGGCGUAGGAGGCUUAGGAUUCACUUUAGCUGUGUACCAUAUUUUUCUCUGGGAUUCGGCUAUGCCACCGCUGCCGAUACUAAAGCAUAAAUAGUUUUGUUCAGUGGUUACAUUAAGAUGAUAUUUUUUGUUUGUAGAAAAGAG